AUGCCUGACUUCUACUACUUGCCUUUCACUCCACUAGAAAACUCGCUCUCCCACCUUCUCCCUCCUACCCCACCUUCAAGAAACUUCUUCCUUUCUUCCGCCUGCUGCUCGUUUUUGCCACUCUUGGUUCCAGAGAUCGCCGACCGGAAAAACUGCGGAACACACCACGCAGGCGCACUAACUCGCUACCGCUUUGACUCUCAACUGCUGGGCUGUAACUCUCGCGAUAUUUGCUUCCGCCACUCGGCGGGAGCCGCUGCCGGUCCCUGGCGGGCCUUUUUAGCUUCUCUUGUCCCCUUUGCUGCUGUGUUGCUUAGAGCGGCCGGGCCGAGCAUCAUGACGUCCGCCUUGGAGAACUACAUCAACCGAACUGUUGCAGUUAUUACUUCUGAUGGGAGAAUGAUUGUGGGAACACUGAAAGGUUUUGACCAGACCAUUAAUUUGAUUUUGGAUGAAAGCCAUGAACGAGUAUUCAGCUCUUCACAGGGAGUAGAACAGGUGGUGCUAGGGCUAUACAUCGUAAGAGGUGACAAUGUUGCAGUCAUUGGAGAAAUUGAUGAAGAGACAGAUUCUGCGCUUGAUUUGGGGAAUAUUCGAGCAGAACCUCUAAACUCUGUAGCACACUGAGGAAAAACUACAUACAUUGGACAUCUGUAAAUCUUUGUAUAGAAACUGAUUAUUCUGAGGAUGAUGUAUGGAAUUUUUAUGAAUGUGUAAUUGUGGACUUUUGACUCCAUAUAUUGAUUCAUUGUAGUAUGAUAUGUAAAUUAAAAUAUUUCUACAUUUCCUUGAAAAUUUUUUAUUUUUUUUAUUUAUUUAUUUUUUUGCCUAAAUCAGGUUUGGUAGCUUAGUUUUAUUUUUCUCUUAAAUAGUAUGAAAAUCUAAUGUGUACUGUGAGAACUUUUGGAAAAAAUAUUUUGAUAUUUUAAUAUUUAUAGAAAACUAGUUAAAAAGAGAAAUUUGUGUGUUAUGUUAAAUCAAGCAUCUGAAUACCAUCAAUGGUGCAAGAUACAUGCGUUUCCAAUUUUUAAGAAAGUCACAGAAAGGUAAGUCAUGUGUCAUGUUGUCUGAACCAUCCCCAUUUAUCACACUGCCCUGGUGGUUCAUUGUUUCUAGCAUUUUAGAAGCCUGGGUAAAAAAUGUGUUUGGUUAAGAAAAGGAAAAAUGCUAACAAAGUUGAUAUUAUCUGAAAAAAGAAUGAUUCCGUAUAGUCUUAAAAGCCAUCUUAGUUUUUAUCUUAAAAAUUGGAGAACUUUUAGUAUUAACAGUUUUUUGUUGUUUAUAAAUGUGAGUAAAUAAACCUUAUGUUUGUAUUGAG